UUGUCAUUCCUCAGCUGGUUUUUGUGAUUUAUAAAUAAAAGGUCAGCUUAUCUUUUUAAUAUAUUUUUAGUUCUACCAAUAAAUGUUGUUGGAUACUGAAUAUUAUAAACUUGAUGGGGGUUUGUGAUCAUUGAAAAGAACAUAGCAUUAUGAUAUGCAUCCUCAGAAUUGAAUAACAACACUGUUAUAACCUAAAAAACCGGCAGAAAAAUGGAUAUGUGUUAUGAAGAACACCGUUUGCAAACUUUUCACGAAUGGCCCACUAAUGCUCCAGUAGACCCCUUCAGAAUAGCAAAGGCUGGCUUCUUUUCAACCAGUCGAGGUUCAGAAGUGGAAUGUUUUGCAUGUCACCUUAAAUUAUCAAAUUGGAGCUAUGGCGAUUGUGUCAUGGCACGACAUAUAGCGUUAAGCCCAACAUGUCCUUUUGUGAUGAGCCCUUCUACCUCAGGAAAUAUUCCUACUUUAUCUUCCGCACAAGUUCCUCCUGGUGAAUUAUAUCGUGUGUCCGCAGCACUAAGAUUAGCCACAUUCGACAACUGGCCUAUUCCAUCAAUCGUAACACCAGAAAGGUUAGCUAAUGCUGGAUUUUAUUAUCUCAAAGAAGGGGACAAUACCAAGUGCGCUUUCUGUAAAGGCGUUGUUAGAGCUUGGGAACCAGGAGAUGAUCCGGAUUUGGAACACGUACGGCAUUUUCCCAACUGCCAGUUUGUAAUCAACGUUAUUGCUCCUAGACUUACAAACGCUGAUGGAUCAGAUAAUUCUGUUACUGGUUCAAGAAACGUGAAAGACUCGUUUGCAAAUAUAACUCUGGUGGGAGAUCAACAGAACUUUCAAGAACUAGGUGUGCAAUCCCAUAAAGGACCAAAGAGCUUGAAUUUUGUCACAGUCGAAUCCCGGUUGCGUUCCUUCGAAACCUGGUCAGACGAUUUGAUUCAGACGCCUGAAGUACUAGCUCAAGCUGGAUUUUAUUAUGAAGGAUUCAACGACCAGGUCAGGUGUUUUCAUUGCGAUGGAGGGCUGCGGCAUUGGGAUCCCCAUGACGAUCCCUGGACAGAGCAUGCGAGAUGGUUUCCUAAUUGCUCGUUUGUUAAAUUAGUUAAAGGACAAGAGUUUGUUACUGCGUGUGCUAAUCCAGAGGGGCCAACGCCAAAACAAUCACCUAGACUGAGGAGAGAAGUAACUGAUAGAGAAAUACAAGAGCAUUUAAAAAGUCCACAAGCACUGGCAGCACUCCAAAUAGGCUUGAGCGUAGAUCAAGUGAAAUGUGCGUUGAUAAAAAAAAUUCGAAGUACGGGGAGGCCUUACUCCCAAACAGAAGCUUUGGUGGAUGCAGCUUUGAAUUUUCAUGGAGACGCUGAUAGCAACAGUAGUGGUCCUAGUAACAGAAACCCUGGAGAUUCAGAAAGUUUGCAACCUUCCUAUGCAGGUGUUGCAAAUACAUCACAAAAUGAUUCUGUGCCCAGUGGAGACAAUGUGGCGACUUGUUUGAACAAUUCGGAGCGAAGUACCGGAAAUACACCUAGCACUGACAGUACCACGACUAGUCCCGAUGAUGUGAAGCCUGAAAAUGCUCCGUCGGAAGUUAACGUCUCCUUGGAGGAAGAAAAUAGGAUAAUCCAAGAAGCUAGGUUGUGUAAAAUUUGUAUGAACGCUGAAAUGGGAAUCGUUUUUUUACCUUGUGGCCAUCUAGCGACUUGCGUAGAUUGUGCUACCUAUUUGGAGCACUGUCCUGUAUGUAGAUCCACUAUCAAGGCCACGGUCAGAGCCUUUUUUUCGUAACUUAUCGAUUUUACAAAGUGAUUGUUUGUUAUUGCUGUGUUUGAAUUUUCUAUUUUAUUUAUGAAUAUAUUGCCAGUUUCUAAAUG